CCGAGUUCAAGCUGCGCUCCGCGACUUCCGGUCUGCUGCACAACUUCCGGCCCGGUUCCAUACAAACAAUUUUAAAGGGCUUGAUGUUCUUCCUGAAAUGAGUUUGGUGAUUAGAAAUCUGCAACGUGUGGUCCCCAUUAGGAGAGUGCCACUUCGAAGGAAUGUGGAGAUUGUACGGAAUAUUUUAGGAGUGGAGAAAUUUGACCUGGGGAUCGUCUGUCUUGACAACAAGAAUAUUCAGCACAUUAACGGAAUGUACAGACAAAAAAAUGUCCCAACCGAUGUGCUUUCUUUUCCAUUUCAUGAGAAUCUGAAAGCAGGUGAAAUUCCCCAGCCUGGAUUUCCAGAUGACUAUAACUUGGGAGACAUUUUCCUAGGAGUGGAGUAUAUCUUCCAGGAGUGCAAAGAAAAUGAAGAUUACUAUGACAUUCUGACUCCAAUGGAGUCUAAUCACUCUUUCAAGCAUGAGGUCCCUGGCCAGAUAAGGAGCCAACCUGCUGCCACACAGUGCUGGGUAACAGAUGAAGACUACUUGGCCACAGACCCUUCUUGCUGCAGGUCAGGUUUGUUUGGAUGAAGCCCUGACACCCUACAAUCAGACUUCCUGUGAGAGCUGCACCUUUCUCGAUAUUGCCACCUCCUUCAGUGUGUGUGCCUGUGUGUGCCCAGCAGACUCCUUCUGGGGAAGUGACUACGGUGUCCCCAUUCACUGUUCAGCUGCCCAACCUGACUCUUGGCAUGAAAAGAUCAGUCCCCCGCACCCAAAAGGCCUCCCGGGCCUGUAGCCUCAGUAAAGUGGGUCUCCACUGCAGUGAGCUUUGCCCAGGUCUGCUUGAGGUAUGGGCUCACGUAGGGAAUCAGGGACCCACCUGGGGAUGGCCACAUUUAAGUCCUGCUUUUGUUGAAAGCACUGGCUCUUUACUUGCUCCUGCAGAUGCCAGUGGGUAACUAAAAGCUGGAUUGCACUUGGCAUCUCUACCUUCAUUUCGUAUCUGUUUUUUAUUGCCUUAAGCUCUUGGUCAGAUCCCUGCUCAGCUCUGCACAUAGGCCUCUUAAUCAUGUAAGGAGUGUCUCUCUAAAAACUGGUGAUUCAAGGUUUAUUUGAUCGAACUUUACCUAACCUACUUCACUUUUCUUCAAGACUGAGGACAGCAAGAUAAGAGUAACUAAGAUUAUUUUUAAGACUCGAGGGGCCAUUCAAGUGCCUGCUUUUACAGUGUCCUGUCCCAGGCCCCCAAAGCAGCACCUGGAUGCCUCUCGCCUUAGCCUCUCAUCAAAAACCCAAACCCACCUUGGAUUCCAGCAGAGCCUCACAGACAGACCACCCAUGGCAUGACUUUCCUCCAAAGCAGAGCCAAUUCUGCGUUGGAUCUGGAUCAGCCUCUCCAGCCACAGGACCUCUCCAGAGCCAGCUCACAGAACCAGAGUCCUGGUCAUGAUCAACUUGACCUUUGCCCACCCGUGCACUCCAGGAAAGCUGAUUCCUCGCCUUCCCUAAUGUCAGUUCAGUCUCUGUCAAACCUGGGCCCCUUCAGCUCUUCUCAAUCUGGAGUUGCUGUCACAUUUUCUUUUCCUUCUCAGUUAAAAGCUUUGCCUACGUCUUGCAUAUUUUUUGGCCUGGUUUUCAAUUUCUGUUAUUAACUAGCCACCCCCCGACACCAUGUGAUAUCACCUGGAGGACAGGGGACUUGGGGUACCAAGGAUAUGAGGAGGGGUUAUGAGGGACUUUGGGAUCCUAGGGGGAGCAUGAGGUGAGCCCAGGGUGUGGAGACUACCCAGAGUUCCAGGUCUACCCUCAGGGUACAAGGCCUUACCCAGGGGCAUGAGACCUGGCAUGGGGGGACAGGGCUUGGGAGGCAUGAGGUGUGGUGGGGUUGGCCUGCCGGGGUUGAGAGGCUUGCCUGAUGCUGGGCCUACCCGGAGUCUCAGCAGAAGCUCCCUCCUCCUCCGAGCGCUCUGCAGGGCCUCAUCCGGC